AUGCUGUUCGCCCUCACGCUAUUCUGGCUCCUGGCGAACUGCCAAUCUCAGCGACUAGAAUGUCCUCCGAACACCACUGGACUAGCAUUCAAGAUGCUAGAAAGCAACAUUGGUCGCGAUCAAGGCCUUCAAGCUGGAAGUGGCGCACUGGGCAUGAUUGAGCUGGGAAUUUUCCAGCAAGCGCUCCGAAACAGCAUUGCGCGGUCCGACGACGAAGCUCAGCGGCAAAGGUGGUCCAAGCUGCUGGAUAUGAGCACAUCGAGUGCCAUUGAGAAUCUCGCCAAUGCGACCCGAGAUAUCGAAUUUCCCCUUGAUCGCCUAAGUGUCGGUACUUCCAUGAUCCUACAGUAUCAGGAAUUCAAGAAUGAGUCUUACGUCCCGGCGAUUGGGGCACUACAAACCUCCGUGUUGAACCAGCCCCGAAAUGCCAAUGGUGGCCUCUGGUAUUACAACAAUGUCAAUAACAUCUCGGCAUACCAUAAUCUGAGCUAUCUUGAUGGGAUGUUCUCUUACGCACCUUUUGCUGUUUUGUCCCAAGCAACGAACCAAACCUCUGAUGCCGAGCUGCUUUCCGCGAGCGGCGCACUCGAUCAAUUCCUAAUACUCCACAACAUCACGAAACGCGACGAUGGCCUUCUGGUUCAUGGUUACGAUGCCAGUAAAAACCAUGCUUGGGCUGAUCCAGGAACCGGAGCCAGUCCAGUCGUCUGGGGUCGCGCAUUGGCAUGGUACACCCUCGGCCUUGUCAACAGCCUUGAGUUCCUUCUCCACCAAAGCAGCAGCAGUGCGGUGUCGAAGCAUCUUCGAAAACUGUUCAAAGAUAUCAUUCGCGCCCAACUCAUAGCCUCAGAUCGUAGCCUACAGAUCGAGGGCAGCUAUGGCGUCUGGCAAGUCGUGGACCAUCCCGGAGCCAGUUUCAACGGGACAAAGAACUUCAUCGAGGCCAGUGCUACAGUCAUGACUGCAUACUCCCUCCUGCGAGGAGCCAGAUUAGGCUUGCUAGAUGACCUUGAGCUGAAGCUGCGAGCGCAGAUCACUGGCGUCGGGAUGUUCCAGACUGCUCGGCAAAAUUUCUUGAUUGAAAAUCGCAACGGCACUUUGAGCUACAACGGCACAAGCGUUGUGUGUACGCUGAGUGGUAAUGUUGACUAUUCCUACUACGUCACCAGGCCAACGGCAUUGAACGCUUUGAUCGGAACAAGCGCGUUUAUACUUGCCAGUCUCGAAGUUGAAAAGCUUUGCAGUCACGGUCUCUCUUAUUACUGA